UUCCGCCUGCCCGCCCCGCCGGCGGAAGCGCUCGGGCCGCGCCGGGGCCGCGCUGGGGCCGCCCGGGCCGGCGCUCUCGCUGCGGGCCGCCGGUGAUGCCCGCGCCGGGCCCGCGCCGCUCCCCGCCCGGCCAUGGUGCCCUGCGGGGCCGUGCUCUGGCGGCGGCUGCUCAGGAAGCGCUGGGUCCUCGGCGUCGUCUUGGGGCUCUCGCUCGUUUACUUCAUCACCAGCACCUUCAAGCAGGAAGAGAGAAUGGUGAGAGAUCGGAACCUCCUCCAAGUGCAGGAGCAUGAGCAGCCCAUCAUGUGGAAGGUGAAGUUCAGCUCGGGGAACAGCAGCCAGCUGAGCAACCAGUGCAGGAACUCUGUGCAGGGGAAGCUCCUCAUUACAGAUGAACUGGGCUACAUCUGUGAGAGGAAGGACCUGCUGGUGAACGGCUGCUGCAAUGUGAACGUGCCCAGCACCAAGCUGCACAGCUGUGCCAGCUGCCUGCCCAACGGCUGCUGCAGCGUCUACGAGCACUGCGUGUCCUGCUGCCUGCAGCCCAGCAAGCAACAUCUCCUGGAGCGGUUCCUGAACCGGGCAGCGGUUGCUUUCCAGAACCUCUUCAUGGCAGUGGAAGAUCACUUUGAGCUGUGUCUGGCCAAGUGUAGGACUUCAUCACAGAGCGUGCAGCAUGAGAACACCUACAGAGACCCAAUUGCCAAAUACUGCUAUGGCGAGUACCCCCCAGAGCUCCUGCCUGUGUGAGGGCUGCAGAUGUGAGCAGAAGGAAGGAACUGGAGACUUGAAUCCAAAAGAACAAGACAGCAGCUGUUGCUUUACCAAAGCCUCGGUGCAAAAACCUUGUCUUGUGUGUGGGGGCAAACCCAGAGGUGAACAGAGGAAGUAAGGAACUGAAGUUCUUCAGGACUGAAUCUUGCUGUCUUCAAUUCUUUAUGCACCUGCUUUGGAGGUGCUGUGCUACUGUGCCAGUGCAUUCUUUGAAUACUUCCUCUAAACUUCAGGAAUUGUGGAAUCAAUCUCGGCUCUAGGACAUCAUGGGAAAAAUAUCUCAAGUGGCUUUGGAGCUGUAAAUGGAGGUUUGGUUGUGUCUCUGCAGUCCAGAGUCUUUCCAGAGUGACAGUGGUACCUGGAGGACUUUUCCUUUCAGAAAGCAAAGCAUGCCUGCUGUGCUCCUCUCUCUGGAACCUUUCUCGACAUGCAUGGUGUACACUACGUAUGUAAUUAUGAAUUAUUUAUUCAUUUUAUAUGGCUCCCUGGCUGAAGCAUGGGUGCUUGGCAUAGCUAGUUGUGGAUGCCUUUCAGUCCCUGCUUUGCUGUGUCAGCUAGGAAGGAUAUUUUAGAUCCUGACUAAAGUUGGUAGGGUUUUUUUUUUCUCCUUAGUCUAAAGAAAUUGUAUUGGGAUUUGUCA